AAGCCUAGCGGGCCCGUUGAGCAGGUCGGGUCGGAUUUUCUUCCCCCCGCUAUUCUCUUUUCUGAUCGAACGAAGAAAACUCAGCUUCUGCCCUAAUUUCUCCGACACUUCUCCGAUUGGAAUCCCUUAUUCUCGUCCAUCUUCUGCCCUAAUUUCUCCGAUUGCAAUCUUCCCUUGAGACCCUUCCCUUCUUCUCGUCAUUCUUCUGUGGAGCUUGAGCUGCUGUGGAGUGUGGAACUGGAGUUGCUGCGGAGCCGGAGCGGGAGCCGGAGUUGUCGAGCUGCUACGGAGUCGGAGCUGUUGCGGAACGCCGGAAUUGCUGCGGAGCUGCUCUGCUUCGGUCUGCUGUCGGCUUGCCCUUCUUCUCUGGGUUCGAGCUGCUCUGCUUCGGUUUGCUGAGACAAGCUUGGGAUUUGGGAGGGGGAGAGAGAGACAACAGCAACAGCAAGCAAGCAAGCAAGGAAUGGAUGCAGUCUUAGUGGUCGGAGGCAGAAGCGCGUGCGUUGCUUUUUCUUCUUCAAAAGCUGGAAGGGAUAACGGAUACAGAGCUCCUCGCAGCUGCUUAAACUACGCCCGCUCCCCUAUCCUGUGCACACCCCCCAGCAACCACCUCUACCUCCACUUAGCUGCAUUCCACUCCAAAACCCAUCUCUUCUCCUCCGGUCCUGGCCAUGUUCCCCGCAGCCGUAUCCAGCCCCGCAUCUUCCUUCCCCACCUGGUCGCCUCCCUGGAAGUGGAGGAGACUUACAUAAUGGUGAAGCCUGAUGGAGUUCAGAGGGGCCUCGUGGGGGAGAUAAUUUCAAGGUUCGAGAAGAAGGGCUUCAAAUUAACCGGCUUGAAGCUCUUCCGAUGCCCCAAAGAACUGGCCCAGGAGCACUACAAAGAUCUUCAGUCAAAGCCAUUCUUCCCUAAAUUGAUUGAGUACAUUACUUCAGGUCCUGUGGUUUCUAUGGCAUGGGAGGGAGUUGGAGUGGUUGCGUCAGCUCGCAAGUUAAUAGGGUCGACUAAUCCUCUUCAGGCUGAGCCUGGGACAAUUAGGGGAGAUCUUGCAGUUCAAACUGGAAGGAAUAUCGUGCAUGGAAGUGACAGCCCCGAGAACGGCAAGCGUGAAAUUGCUCUUUGGUUCAAGGAAGGUGAACUGUGCCAAUGGACACCCGCUCAAGAGCCGUGGCUGGUGGAGUAAUGAUUCAAAACUCCAAGUUCAACGGACUGCAAUUUUGAAAACUCUAUGAGCAUACGUAUCUUCAAGUGUCGAAUGGUGUUAAUCUUGUCUUAUAUUCUCCUUGGAUUAAUAUUUCCAUUUAUUCUAAGACGGUGCAUAAGCCCAGGUUUCACCUGUACUGUGAGAGGCUAAACUUUGGGAAAUUUCCUCUUUAUGGGAUUAUUUGUGUUUUACUUAUCG